AUGGCGCAUCAUCCGACGAUGAUUGCCUAUGUCGUUCUGGUCGCCUCGAUUCUAUCCUUAACUGUUGCUUCUAUCGAGGCUUUCUGUGUCCUCUUCGUCGAUCUAUGGUCGUCGACGGCCGGCACUUAUCGGCGACUUAGCCACUCUUCGGCAGAGGAGGCAGAGGUCGGCUGGGCGGCGGUCCCGGGCAAGGCGGGAGCUGAGAAGGUCGCUGCGAGGACAUAUCGAAUUCGGGAGUCAUGCCGGCCAUUUUGA